ACACACCCAUGCACACAAACUUCACAGCUGGUGUGCCUUCCUCCAGCAGAGACUGACAGAAGCAGGGCGACCGCUUUAAGCUGCGAGCGCUCAUCUCUCCUCUCCACCACCGGCGCGUCUUUCACUGCUCUUAUGAAAAACUUUGAAGGGGUGAGGGGCGAAAUGUGCAAGAAAAUCGUUUAGGAAAAAAAGAAGAAGAAGAAGAAGAAGAAGAAGAAAAAGAAAGAUCAAGUCCGAGAAGAGCGGUGGAGCCGGGAGAAAGAGGGAGCUAUGCCAUCUCCCGCCGAGCGGAGCACAGUCCUCCUCAGUUGCGUGUCGGAUCUACAGCAUGGUGUCUCUUUCUGGACUCCGGAGCCGCUGCCUCGCCCCGGGGAGAACCCGUCUCCUUUUCAUCUCUGCCAGAGUGCUUCCGCUGCUGCUUCUCCUCCUGCUGACUCCCUUCUCCUCCGCCGAGACCUGCUUCCCUCACCCGGCGCCCUGCCACAUCUUGGCACGGAUCGGACACACGGUGCGCCUCGGUGCGCUCCUGCCGACCCGCCAGCCGGCGCGGAUACAGAACGCGCUCAACCGCGCCCUGGCGAGCAUCCGGCACCAAAGCAGCGGGACGGACUCCACCACCGCCUCCGCCCAGCCGGCCCCGCUGCUGCCCUACAACCUGACCCUGGAGAUGGUGGUGCGGUCGCCGGCGGGAUGGGACCCGGAGUCGCUGUCCCACAGCGCCUGUCAGGACCUGGUGAUCAGAGGCGUGACAGCCGUGCUCGCCUUUCCACGCUCCAGGGAGGAGCUGAUCCAGGUGGAGUUCCUCUCCUCUUUCUUGGAGAUUCCCUUCGUGUCCAUCCUGGAGGACACGGAGCCACUUGUGACUAAGAACCACUUUCACCUCCAAAUGCCGGCCCGCGUGCCUCCAUCAACCCUGGGCAGCUUGCUGCUGGCGGUCCUGCAGAGCGGCGACGGGGACAGGGACAGAGGGAGCAGAGGAGAAGGCAGAUGGGGAGGAGCAGCUGUGAUCUGCCCCGGAUGGGAUGAAGGCAGCGACGGCUUGCUGACUCACCUGCAGAGGCACAGCGGUCCUGCUUGGCAUUUGUGGGAUAUUAUCAACCUGACGCUCAUCACCGGCGGCAGAGAGAGAAGGGGGGAGGCCAGCGAGGAGAGGAGGGAGGAUCAAAUGGAAGAGGAGGCUUUGAACAUCAUCUCUUCCAGCUUCCUGCGCUCCCCCUCGCCGAUCUCCUCCGUGCUACUCAUGGGAUCUGACCCGGAGUGUCUGUCAUCUGUCCUGCGAGCCGCUCAGCGCCUUGCCCCGUCACUUCCAGCGCUGCAGUGGAUCAUGGGAUAUCCUUUGUCCCCUGAUUCUCUGCACACUCUGGGAGGUCCCCUUGGACUGCUGGCCUAUGGGGAGGUGGGACGCAAGCCGAUAAGCUUCUACAUACGGGAUGCCCUGCAGCUGGUUGGUCGAGCGGUCACUACGGCCACCAUGGUAAAGCCGGAGUUGGCGCUGGUUCAGAACUUGGUAAACUGUUACGACAAACCAAACAGGCAUGAACUACCGUCUUCUGGACAGUAUCUUUCCAGGUUUCUGUCCAACAUCUCUUUCACCGGCUCUACGGGACUGAUCCAAGUGGAUGCUGACGUUUCUCGAGUCCUUUCCUCACAACUGUUCCACGUAUGGAGUCUUAAAAGAGGCGCGCUGGGUCAGCCAGCGUGGGUUACUGUAGGACAGUGGACCCGUGGCCGACUAGAACUUGAGGGAGGCAUUUUGGGACUGGUGGGAGGGCUCGGCAGCAGCCAGGGACAAGGCCUUGGAGCUGGUGUCAGAGGAGGGGAUGGUCAAGGGGACGGCUAUUUUGGAGGACGCUGGAGACCUGGACUUUCCGUCGAGGGACACCGCCUCCGUGUGGUGACAUUGGUUGAACAUCCAUUUGUCUUCACACGGGAGGUCGAUGAGGAUGGGUUGUGUCCAGCAGGUCAACUCUGUCUGGAUCCUAAAACCAAUCGGACUGAUAUAAUCAAUGGCCUCUUCAACCAGCUUCACAACCCCAACUCUACAGUGGUAGACUGGGAUGGAAUUGAUUUGCCGGGGGAUCUAAGGAAAUGCUGCUAUGGGUACUGCAUUGACUUGUUGGAGAAACUGGCAGAGGAUAUGGGGUUUACCUUUGACCUUUACAUUGUGGGAGACGGAAAGUACGGCGCAUUGAGCGGGACGGGACGCUGGACUGGCCUUGUGGGGGACCUCCUGAGUGGAACAGCCGACAUGGCCGUCACUUCUUUCUCCAUCAACUCUGCCAGGAGCAGAGUGAUAGAUUUCACUUCUCCCUUUUACUCCACCAGUCUGGGAAUUCUGGUUCGUAGCCGGGACACGGCAGCGCCCAUCGGAGCCUUCAUGUGGCCUCUCCACUGGUCCAUGUGGGUCGGCAUUUUUGUUACGUUGCACCUCACAGCGCUCUUCCUCACCUUGUAUGAGUGGAACAGCCCGUUUGGCAUGACCCCCCACGGAAGAAACAGGCUGCGUGUGUUCUCCUACUCGUCUGCCCUCAAUCUCUGCUACGCAAUACUCUUCGGACGCACCGUCGCCACCAAGACUCCUAAAUGCUGGACGGGACGCUUCUUGAUGAACCUCUGGGCGAUUUUCUGCUUACUGGUGCUGUCCAGCUACACGGCCAACCUUGCUGCUGUUAUGGUUGGAGAGAAAACCUUCGAGCAGGUUUCAGGAAUUCACGACGACAAGCUGCACCAUCCCUCUAUGGGCUUCCGCUUUGGGACGGUGAGGGAGAGCAGCGCCGAGGACUACAUGAAGAAGAGUUUCCCGGAGAUGCACGACUACAUGCGACGCUUCAACCAACCCACAACGCCAGAGGGUGUGCACAUGCUAAAGACAGAUCCUCCGGCCCUGGAUGCAUUCAUCAUGGAUAAAGCCCUGCUCGACUUUGAGGUCUCCAUUGAUGCAGACUGCAAGCUGCUCACUGUGGGGAAGCCUUUUGCCAUUGAAGGCUACGGCAUAGGCCUUCCCCAGGGCUCUCCUCUGACCCGUAACGUGUCAGAGUUUGUGAGUCGCUACAAGUCUGACGGCUUCAUGGACAUGCUGCAUGACAAAUGGUAUAAGGUUGUACCCUGCGGAAAGAGAGUCUUUGCAGUCACCGAGACUCUGCAGAUGGGCAUCCAGCAUUUUUCAGGUCUGUUUGUGUUGCUGUGCAUGGGUGUCGGCGGAGCUCUGCUGACCUUGGCAGGUGAACACACCUUCUAUCACCUGGUGGUCCCCCGCCUCCGGCGCUCCAACACCCUGCAGUACUGGCUGCACACCAGCCAGAAAAUCCACAGAGCGCUCAACACUACAUAUGAGGAUGUCGGGAAGGAGCUGACCGGCCUUGACCAAAAGCCCUCCUCUUGUAUCUCAGAAAACUGCACCUUACACAGGAAACAGCAUCAGCCCUCUCCGCCGUCACCUCCCACAUCCCUCCCUGCUUCCACCACAGCUGGUGAAACCGGAAGCUCCUCGCCGUCUCAUGAGCCCAAGGAAAAACGCGUACACUUUGACCUGGACACGCUUCACAGCUACCGCCUGCGCACGCACACGGCGUCGGUGCGCGGCCGGCCGGGCAUGGUCGGCCGUCCGGGCCUCGAUCUGGGAGGGUUUGGCUUCGGCAGCCUGGGCAGCUUUACCUCUCCGCCUCAGAUCAAUCUCCAUGUCAACGGAGGUCCGGUCUCUACACUGGCGUCCACGGGUUUGGUCCUCUCCCCCCUGGGAAACAGGGCCACUCAGACCAGCCUGUGGGAGGGGGAGCUGCAGGAGCUUCAGGUGAAGAUUGAAACCUUUCGCAACCAGCUGAGAGAGGCUCUGGCUCGAAGAGCCGAGAUCCAGACCAGCCUAGACAGAGAGAGGAGCGGGCUGGUACGACGGGACACCAGCCUGGACAGGGAAAGAGACAGACAGCGGGUCCAGACUAUCAACACAGACAGAAGCAGUUCCACUUUGUCCAAACUCCCUGAAAGAGACAGGACCAGCCAGCUGCAAACCCUGAACAAUCAGCAGACAGGACGGCCCAGCCAGACAGCUGGAGCUGGUACCGCAGGGCUCGGACGGACCAGCCAGUUAAACACAGUGAACAGUUUGGACAGAGGAAGAGCCGCUCAAUCACGGCCCGUCGUUACUGUGACGGGAGAAAGGACUGUCCAGUCACGCACUUCCAGUUUGGAGCGAAGUCAAGUCAACCAACAAGGUGCUGGAAACAUAACCGUCCAGACAAGGAACACUUCUAGCCUGGACAGACAGAAGGCCAACCUAUCACGCACUCUGAACACUUUGGAGAGGACAAAAGCCAACCAGUCAAGUGUGAGCAGCGGAACCUGAUUGGUUCUCUGAAGCCUUCUGGUGCGCAGGAAUUAGCAGAGAACUAGUCAGGUGGCGCUCUCAUAGCCGCGGGAAGAUGGCUCGGAACGGGUUCUGGACAUUUCACCCUUUUGCCAUUUUGUAGCUUUCGCAGCCUUGGUCUUUUCCUCCCUGACCUUUUCAGGUUUGAAAUGGAGCCGUCUGCCACAGGAUGUUUUGUACCGACCCCAAGUCACCUGAAGGCCACACUAACUAAUUUCAAAUAUAUCCAACUUACAUUCUGCUGUAAGAAAACGUGACUCCAAUUGGAAAUAUGAGCACAGGACAUCUUGGUGUGACACGUUUCUUGUGUUUUUUGCUGUUUUGUUAUAUCAAGUCAAAUUUUAAUAUAAGAUUAUAAUAACCAGAGUAAACACAAUUAGCGGUUGUCUCUCAGUGAGGAAAUAAACAACAUGGCAUACAAUGAUUUAAUUGGACAGAUAUUAGACUAAGAAGUGACAAAAUAGCAAUGUAUGGCUAAUAAACGAGGUGCAAAUUGGCAAAGGGGUGAAUUGACCCGGAUUCUGUUGGAGUUCAUCGUUUUUUUGUUGUUGUUUUUUGUAGUUGGGGAGUGAGAUGGCAGAAAGCGGGAAAUGUUUAUUCACAAUUUCAUUUGUAGCAAUCCACCUAAUUUGAACAAUGUCCACUCUCGCUUCAAUUUAUACCCAGAGACAAACGUGAAGCUGACUCUUGAGCGAUGAUGAAACUUCCACAUUUACCCUGCAAUAACCAAAAAAAAAAAAAAAACUAGUCUUAAGAAAAGCAGCAACAAUUGCAACGGUGUCUUAAUCUCCUAAAUCAGAUAGAUUAAAACUGGUGGAAGAAAAACAAGUGAACUUUCAGUGGCGGUUCACAUCAAGAUCGAUUAACCACCACUGAUUAAAAAGAAGAUGGCCUCUGGCAACUACAUAAUCAGUGGCAAGAGGGCAGAAAAUCUAUUUUAAUCACAUUAAAAGACGACUAACUAAAUUAAAAAUUUGAAAAGCAAAACAACAGCCCGACACAAGAAUUUGCAGAAAGCAAUGUAGGAAAGAAGAAACUAGAAGGAUGGAGUGGCAUCGACUGAAAAUACUUGAAAUUGCUCAAUUUAAUGGACUCAAACUGUAACUGUCUUGAUAUUAUAUCCUGUCCUUAAGUCACUAUGUCAAGAAAUGUUUUCUAUUUUUUUUCCUCUCUCUGCUAAAUAAGACAUAACGGGUGGAUGUUUCACGGGUAAUGGAAAUGAAUGAUAUUGGAAUAUGAUCUACUUUAUUUGUUUUCCUUUUUAUUGAACCUUCAUUCAAUGUCUUGUUCUCUCCCUCUCUCUCUUUUUACUUCAUUUUUUCCAAAGUAAGAUCAAACUACACACAGAGGCCGGGGUUUCUACGUAUGCAGGAUUAUUUGGGCUUGUGUGUUUCAGAUGAAAAAGUAGGAUGCUGUGUAAAACAUAAAUGCAAAUAUGUACAAAUAAUACAAAAAAAAAAAAAUCUCCAAACCCAUCCUGCACUCAAACUGCUGCGUAAACAAUCCAUUUGAUCUCAGCUGUGAAAUAUGAACGGAUCUGGUGCAGAAACUCUUUAACACAAUGGAAUUAUGGGAUAUAUUUACUUUUUGUAAGUCGAAAACCUUUCGGCUUAACAAUCGCCAGGGUGGCAAAAAAUACAUGUGAAAAAAAGAAAAAAUUUUCUUAUAUUUGUUACAAAGAUUCCGACAUUGUUUCAGACCACCCAUCUUUUAAAACAUUCCUGUGCCGCUGCUAAUUAAGACGUGGAGACAAAUGUGGUUUUGAAAAACAGACAUUUACAUAUUUACAUUCCACUUUAACGACUUCAGUCCAAAGCCAAACAAUAAUUCGGGCCCAAACGCAGUCCGACUUCUCUGCCUCCAGUCAACGUGGGGGGGUUUUAACAGAGAGAUUGAACACACUAGUUCCUUGUCAGCGCUGCUCGUAGGCCCGUUUCCAUGACAACACAUGACCAAGUGACCUCAGAGAGCAGGAGAGAGUGAUGAGAGAGAGAGA